AGAGGAAGAGGGGAGGGCUGGGAGAGAGUGCACAUUAUCUUUUUGGUCUUUUCUUUAAAAAGUGGGUCCAGGUGCUUCUAAGAUUUAUGGUCUGAUUUUUGUAAUGUAAUCUUCUUAUAGUUACUGCUGUUUCUUUUCAUAAACACUUUUGGAGAUGCUAUGAGAGAGGGAAAGAUGGAACUUGAAGAGACGGAGGUUGAUACAUCACCUUCCUGGUCUCCUGUAUCUAGAGAAAGGCUCCUCACAUGCGCCAACCUUUCAGAUAUAACAGGGAAGAAAAGAAAACAAGACCCAAGUAGUGAUGCUGAGCAUUCAGCCCGAAUCUUGGAGGACUGUGAAGACGAUGACUUUCCCAUCAGUGACCACAUACAAGAUUCUGAGGGUCCAUGUAACAAAAGAGUCAAACCAGUAGAUAAAAGUGCUUCAGUCACUGGGAUUAUAGCACCUGUGAAAACCCCAGCGCUGAAACGCUUGGGCCAGUCCAUACAGCGGUCUAUCAGUUUCCGGACAGAGGCCCGGCCGUUGCCCCCAAUGCCAAUAAGAACGCGUCAGAAGGCCUCUUCAUUUCCACGCCGUCGGAACAGUCAGCUGUGGAGUGAUACAGUUGACAGUCUGAGCCACGAGCUCAGUACCAAAGAGAUCAAGAGACAAGAGGUAAUCUAUGAGUUAACCCAGGGUGAGAAACAGCUCAUCGAGGAUCUAAGUCUAGUGAAAAAGGUGUAUUAUGAACCAAUGCUGAAAUUAGACAUCAUGACAGAAAGUGAGCUGGGACAGAUAUUUGGCACCCUUGACUCUUUAAUACCCCUUCAUGAAGAUCUUUUAGCUCGUCUUGAAGGUCUUCGUGGAGCAGAGAAGACUGUGCAAGAGGUCGGCCCGACCAUGAUGGACUGGUUUCCAUGUCUGGAGGCAUAUAUCACAUACUGCUGUAACCAGGUUGGGGCAAAAGCUCUGCUCGAUCAAAAGAAGCAGGACAGACGGGUCGAGCAUUUCCUGCGGCUGUGCCAGGAGUCAUCCUUCAGCAGAAAGUUAGACCUGUGGAACUUUUUAGACUUGCCUCGCAGCAGGCUGGUGAAAUAUCCUCUGCUGUUAAAGGAGAUUCAGAAGAGCACUCCGCCUGAUCAUCCAGAUGAGGAAGUGCUGCCACAGGCGAUGGAACUAAUCCAAAGGAUCAUAACAGAAGUCAAUCUUAAAACUGGAGAGGCUGAGUGUCAGUUUUACAGACGGGGGCUGUGCUACUCAGAAGAUAGCCAGAGGGUUUCAGAAAUCCAGGGAUCUCGUUUUCUAUACUGCCAUGGUGAACUGAAGAGUACUAAAGGACAGAAGCUGCAUGUGUUCCUCUUUGAGCUGGUAUUGGUUUUGACCCGACCGAUGGCCCAGGAUAGGGAAGGACCAGUCCAGUUCCAGGUGUAUCGUCAGCCCCUCCCAGCUGCUCACCUCCACCUGGAGGACCUGCCUGAUGGAGAGCCAAGCAGCUCUGGAUCCUUUCGUGGGGCUUUUACGGGCAAUGACAAAGUGAAGAACUGUUUUCGUGUGAGUGCCACGGGGCGCUCCAAGCCUCAAUCCCACAGCCUGCAGGCUAAUGACUCCUUCAAUAAGCAGCAAUGGAUUUCAUGUCUGCGCCAAGCAAUGGUCCAGUCACGGGACAGACAGGCUCAAAGCAGUCACUGCAAACCCUUCGAGCGUUUAAGCCCUGAGCCUGCACUCACUAACAACAUUGCUGAACUCAACCUUAACUCUGAUGUGGAGAUGCCAGACACAUAGACCAGGGCCACCGGUGCUUUCCAGUUCAAUGGUUCAUUCACAGACACAGAGUUUCACUGUUAUUGUGAGCGAGACAGCCGACUUUCUCAGGACAACACACAGUUGCUGUCUUGCACCCUGUCAAGAAACUGUGAAAAUAACGUCAUGUAGCUAUAUUUGUAUUCUUCACGUGGAUGUUUUUGUUGGUGUCAGAUGUCUCAUAAGGAGAAUAUUUCAUAUUAGAUUUAUGCUUCUUGCUUAACCUGUUUCUAUUUUUUACAUUGAGAAUACUGUGUGAUGUUUCUUGAAUAUGUUUAAAUGACAUAUGGCUAUGGGCCAUGAGAACUAUCUCUCGGUUCCUCAUUCCUUUAAAUUGUGCCCCAUUUCUGUUUCAUAUAGUUUAUAAACAACAACAUUUGUGCAAUCUGAACGGUAAGAUCUUAGAUGAGUCCAGGAUUUUAGGCAUUGAAUUUUGGUAGCAUCAGAGCUAACAGUUCUGCAAGUCUUUCACUGAUAUAACCUGAAUAUAGCCAAAAUGCUUAUUUUCUCUGUAUUUACUAUAUUUAUGUUUUACCUUGAAAUGUCUGAUUCAAAAUCCAUUCUGAUGGUAUGGUGAAUAAUAAGGCGAACGGCUUCUUUCCAACACUCACCUCAUAUCUCUGUUGUAGAAGUGUGUAAGUUUGGAGGGUGGGUAUGAAAUUUUGGCUAAAAAGGCAGAUUGCUUUACUGCAGCAAUAAAUGCACGUGUACAGCAAUCCACUGUUAUUAAGACUCAUUUAUCUAUAGGGGACCCCAAAGUUGCAAAAAUACAUGCAACUAUAUACAGUUGCUUUAUAGAAAUUCUGUGCCACUUCUAUGCCAAAAGGUAUUCGCUCCCAUUAUCAUUUCAGUGCCAUAAGUUACCGUUUUGUCUUCAAUAAACUGACAACUUCCAUAAAA